UUGACAAGCCAGCGCAAAAUAGAGAGAAUGAACGCUUGACAGCUGCCGCCUGGCUUGUACAGUUUGUUUCAAUAUAAGAAAAUACUUAUGCUCAGUUUAUUUUCUAAAGGUUUUGGGUAGCUAGACAGUACCUCUGCUUUUAUGGCCGCUGUGUUAAGGAAUAAUGUUUGGGUUGCUCCAGGGCAGGACGCGCCGUCUCUCCGUAAAGCCGCACCACUGACAGCCGACGGUCUGAGAGGUGAAGAUCAUGGACAAGUGCUGUGUAACACGAGGGAUGCGAUCACGGGAACUUCUUCCUUUCACGAUUACAAUUUGGUUAAAUCAGAGAUGGAUAGCUACCUGUCUCCUCCUCCGCCGGGGGUGGUAGACUCCAAAAGGUUGUGCAGGGACAGUGCGCUAAUGCUAGAGCCCUCUUUCACCGAGGACUUGGGCUCCCCUUACAGUGUAAACAUGAACCUCCUCCUUCCUGAUGUCACAUACCUACACCCUGGUCUCUGUAGGCCGAUGAGACCCAUCAAGACAGAACCUCUCUCCCACUCCCUGAUGCACCCCGCUUGUCAAGGCAACGGAGUACCACCAACAAUCCCUGAAUACCCAGGUGUUUUUAGUCCAGCAGACGCAACUAGUGGUAACUUUUUCAUCAAACAGGAAAUGCCAUCUGUGGACUUUCAGGAUGUUCCCCUCUUUCAGCUUUUGAACUCUGAUUUAGAGCAGCACGCUCAUGGAUCGCAGGUGAGCACCGACUUGCGCAAUGGCGUCCCAAUGGCCCCAUUAAGUCUUCCUAUUGGGAAUGUCCAUUUAGGCCCAGUUCAGAAUUCUGUCAAACCCAUAAGCGGUCCACAGAAUGAAGGUUAUCCAUUUACGCCGCAUUUAAGCCAUCAGCAGAGACCAACCUAUUUGCCACCUUCUCCACCCAACUCUGAACCCGCGAGUCCGGACAGGGGGAAAGAGCUACUUCACACGCUUUCCCCGCCACCCUCCUACGAAGCCAGCAUCGCCUCUAAAUUGACUUUUCAGGCCCAUAACGUUGGCCCAGGCCAGACGUCCAGUCUAGCACCAAUCCAAAGCCCAGAUCUGGCUCCUGACCUGAAUUCCAAUGUCGGAUUAAUCCAGAGCCCAGGUCUCGGGCCAGUCCAGAGUUCAAGCCAAACCCCAGUUCAGACCGCACGACCAGCUCAGACGUCAUUGGGUGUCGGUCCUCUGUCGCCAGUGUUGGCCCAGUCCGCUCCCCUCAGAUAUAACCGCAGGAAUAAUCCUGACCUGGAGAGACGGCGGAUUCACCACUGUGAUGUCCCAGGAUGCAAGAAAGUAUACACCAAGUCUUCCCAUUUAAAAGCCCAUCUGCGGACCCACACAGGAGAGAAGCCGUACCAGUGCUCCUGGGAGGGGUGUGAGUGGCGCUUCGCUCGUUCUGAUGAGCUGACUCGCCAUUUCAGGAAACACACCGGGGCAAAGCCUUUCCAGUGCAGUGUGUGUAACCGCUGUUUCUCCCGCUCUGACCACCUGGCCCUACACAUGAAGAGGCACCAGAGCUAGAAUCCCCCUCUUGUAAUUCACCUUAAUCAGUCACAUUUUUUUUUUUGUUUUAUUGCAAAAUGAAAUAAUUUGUCAAAAGUACGGGCACUUAAAUAUCAUAAAUCAACCACACAGAAAACAGUGGAUUAGACCACUUGCUCCCUAGUGGAGAUAUUUGUAGCAGUGCUGGCCCACAAAUAAUUACUGUUUCUUUUAUUUUAAAAAAGAUCAGAUGCUGCCUGUGUCGUGUUUUGUUUUUAGAUGUAUACCCCAGUCUUUGGGGAAAUUUUUCAGGAAAUCCUGCCACGGUGUCAGUCAAAAAACAGCAGUCAAACUGUAAUAAUGAAAAAAAAAUAUACAUAUAUUUUUUGGAGGUAUACAUUCAAUCAUAUUUUCACUUUACUUGUUUUGCAGUAAAUGAAAUAAUAUAUUUAUUGUCUGCAAUAAGGUCAUGAACAACUCUACAAGCAAUGCCAAUAAUUUAUUUUCAGGGGUUUUAAAGGGUUGCUUUUCUGUACAGAUCAUAUCAAUAACACAUCAUAGGGGCAUUUACUGAAUUGUAAUUAUUCAUAAGCACAGAAAUGGGUAAAUUACUGUGGCUGUGAAUUGUAAGGUCAAAUGAUGUUUUGGCAGCAGCCAAAGGAUGAGAUAUUAUGUGUACAACAUGACAUUAGAAAGUAAUUUAGCAAGUAUUUGAAGUUAUACAGGAACAAGUUGUGGGUUUUGUCUAAGAUAGAAGAUACUCCAGAAUAAAUAGGAGGAUGAGCACAGUGUGCGAGUUGAGCCAUGUGGUCAGCUCAGUGCAUACAGCAUGACAAUAACACUGCCAGAGUUGUGGGUUCAAUCCCCACAGAGGACAAUUGCACCCAAAGAAACACAAAAUGUAUUCCCUGAUAGCUCUGGAAGAGAGGAUCAGUAUAAGAUAAAGAUUAUAGGAUGUUAUUUGUGUCUGUGGUCACUUUUAUUUUGACUGAAUUAUUGCCAUUUUUCAGUGUCUUAUAAAUGCCCUUAUAAUGUAAUAUAGAUAUGGCCAUUACAGAUAUUGGUAAUAUUUAUUUCAGGCAGGUGCACAGAUAAAUCCAAAUGGUGUUUCAGCACCUGUCUGAUAGUCCUGUAAGGCAAUUUCGAAACCCUUAUGAACACUCAAUAUGCAUGUUUUAUGCAUUAAUGGAAGAUAACAUUCUUUAAAAAUUCAGUUUACCUUAAUGUGAUGAGAGAGCAGUUGCAGAGGCUCUUUGCAUCAGCCCUGAAAUACGUUCUCCCACAGUUUGCUUGCCUAAGCUAUAGGUUAAUCCUGGACUUACUGUGUCCUUGAGCAACAGCAAACAACAAACAAACGUGUCAUUUUAACAGCGGUAAGACAGGAGAGCUGAUAGUUACUGCUCAAAAUAACUGUGCAAAAGUCUCGCGUACAAGACUCAGAUAUCAUGUUUUUCUAAAGGUGCAUUGCAGUAAUUGGGCCGACUUAACCCCUUUCUCCUGUUACAGAAGUUAUUAUGAUAGACAGCUCAUGACAUAGAAGUCGUGACUCGUUUAUCUUGACAAUCUUUUGCUUUCAAAUCCCUGCAUUAGAUUGCAGCAUUACAGGGAGUUUGGUCAGCCCAUUACAGGAAUACGACAUCAUAGCAUCCAGUAGAUAAGCUGACUUUCAGUGAUUUCAGAGCAGCGUACAUCAGAUAUCAUGGCCCCUCCAGGCUCUCUGUGGGACUUUCUUUGGACUGAGCACCUGCCCCUCUGUGCAUGCUUUUGGUUUCUUUGAAUACUGUACAAGAACAAUGUCCAUUUAUUCUUACACCUUUUCAAAGUGCCUUUUGAUGUUUUCUUCAUGAAUGAAAAACAAAGCUGUCCUGUCGGUCAACUUUGUUCAAUCGGGUACUCUACACUGCAAAAAUAAUACUGUAUAUUUGCUGCCCUUCCUUGGCUUUAAUGUUUUCAAAAUACAGCAAUUUCUGGGUGUUGUAAGAAAAUAUUUCUAUUUAUGACCAAAUUCCUUUAUAAUUUGAGUCUUUAUGAGCAUAAUUAUUUCAAGUUCCUAUAAUUUGUUAAGAUGUAUAUAUUUUAUAUUUGCUGUUCAAGCAUAGGAUCCACUGAUUGUAUUUGGGUGUACUAAGAUUUCAAACGUUCUAUUUUAAACUGCAGAGACUGUUUCAUUCUUAUUUUUUUUAGGCAAUAAGGAUCAAAUUCUGACAAUAUUGUUACAGUCUACACUGUCAUCAGACACUCCACAGCUGAGGAUCAGUGUAGGCUGUGCCAGGGAGUUAAUGCAAUACGUUUUUGAGAGGGGAAAAAAAAUCAUAAUAUAUACACUCAGUAAUUUGACAUUGUUGACAAAACAUGUUAUGUGUUACAUUAUUUUGUGUCGUAGCUUGAAAACAUAAAUGUAGCCUAAAUCAAUAAUAUGUGCUCAUACAGGCAUCUGGCCAUCCGAGUGAAAUUCCAAAUAAAAGUUUUGUGCUGAA